UGGCGCGACCAAACUUUUGAAAACCGUUGUGCGCAUGCGCGUAUUUCAUGUGGCGGACUGCUUGAACUUUCAUCCGGAGAUUCAGAUGAGGUAUCACCAAUUAUGUCCAGAAUUUUACAGUUAUCAAGAGAAGGAAAUGCAACCAGUGUGGAGAAACAUCUAAGUGGACUGAAGCCAGGAGAUCUAUCACAUGAAUUCAGACAGAUUGUGCUCUCUGGUAAAAGUGGAGAUGCAGCGGCUUUCCUGCAGACGGUGUUUCAGAGUUCUUCAGUCAAUGAUGAAAAGGGAGAUACAUGUCGACUCCAACUGUGCAAGGGGGCCCUCAAGCUCUUAGGUGGCCAAGAAGUGAGCAGCAAGAUGGCUUCAGAGAUCAUUGGAUACCUACUGAUGGAGAUUGGUAACUUUUCAGCACAAUGCUUGGUUGAAGUAGCUGAUAUGUUCAUGGAUGUUGUUAAAUCAAAGGAUAUUAGAAAUGGCAGAGCAUUUGAACUCCUUCCAAAAGUGGUCUCAACACUGGCCGCCAUGGAAACGGUCACCAAGGACUCUAAUAGAAUGUCAGGUCAAGAGUUCAAAGAUCAUCUCCUUAAUAACUUUUGCUCUUGCAGGUGGGAAUCCCAGUGUGCUAUUCACCUUGCAUCAGUAUUCAGAGAGAUACCCCUGAGCAGUGAUCAACUUCAGUUUGUCAUCAACAAGCUGCUGAGGGUUAUGAAGCAUGUGGAUCUACAGGAGCUUCCACCGUUGGUCUAUCAGCUGCUUCUGCUGUCCUCCAAAGGCCACAAGAAAACCGUCCUUGAGGGACUCACUGGAUUCUUUGCAGAGCAGGAUAGAAAGAUCCAGGAAAGAAAUGGCAAAGAAGAUGGGGAAGAGUUGGUGUCUUCCAGUUUCUCCAAAGAACACCUCCGUCACACCGAGGGGACGAUUAUUAUCCACAUCACAUUUUCCAUCAAGCAGGACCAGGAGCUUGGUCGAGAGUUCAUCAAGUUUCUGAAAAGUGUACAGCUGAGAGACUGCAGUACUGUCUUGGCUCCUUUCAAUGUAGCGUUAGCUCUGUCUGUUGCCCAGAUACACAGAUUUGAAGAACAGAUCUUUGAUUUUCUCAAAUCUACCAUCCUGAAGAGUCUCAAGGAUGCUAAAAGACAGAAGGACUCUCCCUGGAUUGCAAAUCUUGUACCUGCUGGCAGCAAUGUCAUCAGACUUCUCCUUGAAACAGUUGAAAACAGCAUGUAUGGAUGGGAUCACGUAAUCCAUGGAUUAGUCCAGCUGGGUUUUACUCUCAUGGACUCAUUUGGACCAAAACCAGGACCGUUCGGUGGAAAAGCUGUCGAGGCUGGACCUGGUGCCCCAAGCACCCCUAACCAGCAGGCCAGUCAGCUCGGGACAGACAUACUUCUGAACCUCUUCAAGUCACAAGAUGGGAUCCGAUCCAGCAUCCUAGAACAGAUCCUCAACAGGGUGGUCACCAGGACAGCUGGCUCCGUCACUCAGUACAUUAAGCUCCUAUCCAGUAUGGUGACCUCUGCUCCUCAGACAGUCCUAGACUGCAUGGGAAAGGUCAGAGAGGCUUUUGACUACCUGACCUACCUUCCUGCAUCCACUGCAGAGGGUCUCCUGAAGGCCUUCCAACCCUUGAUGAGACUCAACGUGACCCUCAAGGAUUCUCUUAUGCUGGUCCUCAGGAAGGCUAUGUUUUCCAGGCAAGGAGAAGCCAGGAAGAUAGCAGUUCUAGGUUACCUUCAGAUUCUGAGGCAUUUCCGAGUGUUUGGAAGCCUGCCAAUGAGUCAAUCAAGCCAGUCCUACAGUAUGGCAUCUACAUCUAGUCAGAUCCAGGUUGACAUCCAUGGUGGUAGCAAUCAACCCAAUAAUUAUGAAGCUAUUGUUUGUAUGGAGAUUCUUGGCAAUCUAAGACGAUGUCUCACGCAACAAGCUGAUAUCAGGAUGGUUCUCUAUGAGGGUUUGUAUGAAGUGUUAUGUCGUAACACCAAACUACAAGGAGCCAUCACAGACAUGCUUCAGCGUCAGUUCAAGACUUAUUACGAGGCUGAUGAAGACAUCCAACCACCUCUCAAACUUCAACCCUGUAUAACAGCCCAGGGCAACAAUGUCUUCCUAGCAGAGCCUUUGGCCCACUUACUCCAGAGCCUCGUCCAAUGCCUGACACGAUGCAAGAUGAUGCCAUCUUCAAGGCGACGAGGGGAAGACUGGGAUGAGGAGACAUCGGACGAUGAUGACGAUGUCGACAAGGAGGAGGCUCUGGAGAGACUGGAGAAGAUGAUGGAAUCUUUGAUGGAUAGGAUGGUGGCCUGUGAACUGGAAGACUUUCAUGUGGACAAGUCAGCGGAUUUUUCUACCACCAGUGGAGUAGGAUUGAGGAACAACCUGUUUGCAAUCCUUCUCUUGGGCAUCAAUGAGGUCCUGAUGGAGUACAUCUUCACAACGUCUAAAGCAUCACAAUACAAGAUUGACGACAUGAGAAAGCUUGUUUCUUUAUAUAAGAAGUACCAUCAGAUAGCGGACAUCUUGAAGGAGAAGAGUAGCAAGGGAAAAGGAGGAGGAACUAAAUCACCUAAGAGUCUCCUUUCCAUGGCUUGCUUGGAUAAUAUGUGUGCUGCUCUUUACAGUGACGAGAUGCCCGCCCAUCAGGAGGGUCUAGAGCUGCUCCGAGAGAAUGCAGACUUCUGCCGCUAUGUGAUCAGUACUGCCGUCCAGAAACUAGAGCAGAUGAAGGAGAAGGGACAGUGUGAUGGACCCCAGGGCACACACCCUGACAGACUAUACCAACACUGCUGCACAAUAUCAAGGGUGCUUUACGAAAAGUUCUCAUCAUGCCUCAUAACAGCAGAGGAUAGAACCAAAAAGAACAAAUCAGUGAUGCCCCUGUGCCUUCAAGGUCUGUCCACAGCAUUGAGCGUGGUGACCACUUUCUACCCCGAUAAGCUGGUGGACUUCCUACACAACGUAGAUCCCCUGACGGACGGAGAUGGGGGCGAUGAACCAGUCUCUGUGGAUGAUCAGGACAUACAGGAGAGGGUACACCUGCACAUGAAGAAAUUCCAGAGGAUGGUGAUAGAUGUACUUACAGGAGGAGAGGAUUCUUCUUCCACCACUAAGGAUGCCGUCCAUCUCUGUCAUAUCAUGGAAAUGCUUAUCAGACAUCUAAACCCACAAGGAACACAGUUCACUCAAGUCCAGUCAUGGAUCUCUAAGGUGUGUCGAGAAAACAGCAUAGAGGAUACCGGUCUUUGUCGGGUUGUCAUGACGAUGCUCUUUAACCUCACAUCCAAGAUGACAAGUCCUGUUAGUCUUCUCAGAGACAUUGCAGAGGAUAUCCACUCUCAAGUCGGAGACAUUGAUCCGGAAGUUGAGGUGGAGAACCGAACCCACAAUGCCGCCGUCAACUCCAAAACAGCUACACCCACAGUUCUGCUACUUUGGAUGCAGCAAGCUGAUCAUGUUUUAGAUGAUACCGAUUGGCUGGUAGCGAGACUAAGGGCUGAAAGCCAAGCUGCACAGAUAGACGUACUUGAUGCAGUGAAUCAGCUAUCCACACAGCGUGAAGAUACAGAGAAGGCAAUAUGUAAUCAGCUUGGUAUGUUGGUUACUGGCUUCCACGAGCUGGUACAGACCUCCCUUCCCGCAGGUCCUUGUAUCGAUACCCUACUCAAGUCACUCAACAGGGUCUAUGGAGUGCUAACUCUGCUCUGUAAAUUUUAUCUUGCCAUGUAUGCCCAGAAAUCAUAUCAGAUAUCAGGUCGGUUUGAGAAGCUUGUCAAACUCACUGGUACCCAUCUCACUCAACCGGUCUAUGGACUUAUCACAUAUGUACAGCAAACACAGACAGAGAAGCUGAGUAACCUCACAACUGGGGGGAAGGCAAGUAAAGGGAAGGAUAAGAAGAAGGGUGACAAGGGCCUGGUGGCAGCAGCGGUGACGGCAGGCAAGGCUAGGGUCGUGAUGAGAGAGACGAGACCCAUCCCGAAUCUUAUAUUCGCCAUCGAACAGUACGAGAGCUUCCUGAUCAAACUCUCCAAGAAAACCAAGGUGAACUUGCUUGCUGACUUCAAGCUGAGCACAUCUCGUGAUUUUCGCAUCAACACAGCCGUGGUUCAGGCAAACUUAGCAGAGCAAGCAUCAGGAUCAGAUGAAGAUAUGUCUGAGUCUGAUGUGCUCGCACAGGAUGAUGAUGAUGGAGAAGAAGUAAUGGAGGUAGGAGACGGAGAAGGGGAAGAAGAGGGAGACAAGGAGAACCAACAAGAACCGGCUGCCAAGAAAAGGAAAAGUGCUCUAUCUAGGAAGUAGGAUGGGAGGAAGAAACAGGCUGGAGCCCCUACGUCUUCCCCUUUUUCAUAUCACCAGCAUAAAAACCACCUUUGACCCAUACACAAAAAGAAGGAAUAAUACUCCUUGAAAAUAUAGGGGGGAUACCAAUUACUAGUACUAGAGCAUAUUCCCACUCCCACCCUUACCUAACCCCCAAUACACCAAACUUUUUUUUUUCUGUGAACAUAUUAAUAUGCAGCAUUGGCAAAAAGAAAAUUUGCUUUUUGUCAGUCCCACUUCCUGGGAUUCCUUGUACUCAUGUUCAAAAUUAUAUGAAUGAAUUUAGAAAAUAAGAUAAAUUGAUCAUAUAAAACAUAUGAUUUGCCAUAUAUAUAUACCUCCACACACUAACACAUCUCUUUCGGCAGAUAAAGAAUUGUCUCAUUCCAGCUUUCAGGGAUUCCUUAUGUUCACAAUGAUAUGUAUUUGUGAAAAAAAUAUUUAAAUAACACAGAAACAGAUAUUUCUUACCAGAUGUAACAUUCCAGGUAAAAAUAAUCAUUUCAUGAAUCCAGUAUUAAUGUGUUCAGAUAUGUUUUUAAGAUGAGGGAAUUAUUCACUUACCGGUAUUCCACAAUUUGGAUUUACCUUUCCCAGUGCAAUCGCUUUAGAAGUGUAAAUUGUGAGGCAGAUAACCUGACGCAAUUCUUCUAAGGAAAACCCAAGUGCUAGCUGUCAAAAUUUCAGCUUAUACAUGUUUGUCAGUAGAAAUUGAAGUUAGAUGCAUAUAGUGAAAGCAUUGGUAGAGUUUGAUGAUUUAAGAUUACCCACUCAUUUUGACAUUGGCAUAUAUACCAUUCUGAUAUGAAUGCUGUAUUUAUAGUUAUUUCUAACCAGGAAGGGGGGGGCUUCAAGUAUGCUGAAUAAAAAGAUGAUUCAUGCUCUGACAUACAUUUAGCUACACACCUGCCGCCAGCCGCACAGAAACGUUGUUAGCCUAACAGAGCGCUAACAGUAAGUCCAGUCACAUCUUACGGAUUGUGAAGUCAAAAACAUUUAUUUCAAUGUGUUAGUUUUGCAUUGUUGUAACAAAAGGCAUUGUGUUUACAUGUGAUCGGCUUUUUGGUUCAGAACCAAAAGCCGAUGCAAAAUCGGCUUUUGGUUUAUCUUGCACUGCGUUUACACGCUGUCACAGCUCGCAGUGCAAAAUCGGCUCGCACGGCAAAAACCUGAGAUGAUACACACACCAACAAUAUACGUCAUAAUAAAGACAACGCUGGAUCCGUGCGCUUUGAAGUACGUCAUAAUGGUAAAGUAAAUGAAAUGCGUGCCAAUUGCUUAUGCAGAAUCGACUUUCUGUUUACACUUAGUAAAAAAGCCGAUUCUGCAUCUGCUCGCGGUUCUGAACCUACUACUUUGGUGGUGCAAAGUUGCCGAUUCUGAACCGAGAGCCAAUGCAAGUUUAUCGCGUUUACACGCAACAAAAAAGCCGAUUCUGCAUCGGCUCGCGGUUCUGAACCGCGAGCCGAUGCAACGUGUAAACACGGUAAUUAAGAGGGGGAGAGAAAUGAGGUCACCCAAGUACUGGGGUCAUUGUUUGAUUAAUAGCUUGUACAUUACACAGGAAAUACUUGAAGGUAAUUUACCAGAUGGCAUCUAGGAAACUUACAUGAACAGGUGUUUCACGCUAGCAAGCUUGUAGAUUACAGGAGAUAGGAAAUCCACAAUAAAUAACUUGGCAUAAAUUUAUGGCUGAAUCUGUAAACAAGUAGGAAUGUAAUGAACAAUGUUGCUUGCCCUUUGGCUGAGGAUGUGGAGGUCACACUCACCUUUGAUUGAAUUGAUUUUAUUUUCUUAUUUUCUCUGCAUGUUCAUUUUCCCUACAUUUUCAAUUUCUUUUCCUUUCUCCUUCACUUUCGUAAUUUCUCUUUCUUUUGGUCUCCAUAUUUUCCUUUUCUGUUAAUAACACAUAUUCCCUUACUAAUUUUUCCCUCCCUUUUCAGUGCAUACCACUUUUCUCUGUAUUUUCUCAGUUUUUCACCUUUUUUUUUUUACUUCAUCAUCUUCUGCUUUAUUCUCUUCUACUUUUGAAUUUUCAAAAUAACCUUUCUACAUUGAAGCAGUAUACAUCAUAUUUUAUUGCCGAAAUCCCUUCUCUUUUGUCAUUGUAGCGGUACAAAAUAAACCAUCAAUUGUGUAUUCAUUGUGUAUAUCCAUCAACUCUUUUUUUUUGUUUUAAGACAAAGCCCCCUUCUAUUUGCCACAGGGUAGUUGCCGUAGAAAAUUAUAUAGGAAAUAAUUCAUCAUAUGGUUAUUUUUCUCCCGAUAAUUAUUAGUUUCUCUUUCUCUUGUAAUAAAGUGUAAUAAUACAGGUUUAUUUCAUGUAACUACCUUAUUCUGUUAUGAAGUCAUCUUUUUUUGCCUUGGGGAAAUCUUCCAAAGAAAAAAGUAAAUUAUGUAUGUAAAAUCACCUUUUCUAGUUUGUCUCUUCCAUUUUUUAUCAUUUUAGUCGAUUAUUUUGUUUUAAAAUGUAAUCAUGUAUGCUUAUUUCAUGUUCUUUGUACAAAUUCCAUUUUCUACUUUGCCAUGGGGCAGAUUCCCAUCUGUGAUUGUAAACUUGUAGAUAAGAUAUCUCAUUUUAUUUAGUCCCGUUAUGAGCAUAUACUAGCAGUGUCACUGCUCUUCGUUUUAAAGUGUAGUCAUACAUGUUUAUUUCAUAUACCUUGAAUACCAACUCUUGUAUAAAUGUCAUUUUCUACUCUGUCAUGGGGCAGUCUUCCCAAAGAGAAAUGUAAAGUUUGUAUAUAAAAUCACUCAUUAUAUAACCUUUCUUUCUUCAAAUAU